GUGUCCUCGGUAUAUGUCCGGUCAGUCAUCAUGCGGCUGCUCUCGGCUCUGGGUCCCUGGGGCCCCGGACUCUGCUCCUGCUCCUGGGCUCGGCUCCGUGUGGCUGCUGUCCCGCUGGGUGACCUCCAGGAGGAUCCGCGGGAAGAUCCAGGCGGCCCGGGAGAGAAGGGAGGAAAGUCUGCGGAGGAUGGAGCGGAUGGGGGCUCAGCAUCAUGUGACCGAUCCCUCAGCGAUUCUGUCGCUGUCCCUGAUGGAGCUGAGAGACAAACUGAGGAGCGAGGUCCUCACCCCAGAAGCCGUCCUCGGGACCUACGUGAGCAAGGCGCUGGAAGUGACCCGGGAGCUGAACUGUGUUACCGACUUCUUACCAGAGUGCGAGGAGCAGCUGAAGGAACUCCGGGGGCAGACAAGCCGGGGGCCACUAUACGGGGUUCCCAUCAGCGUGAAGGAUAAUUUUAACUGCAAGGGUCACGACUCCACAUUGGGGUUAGUUAAGAAUUUGGAGCGUCCGGCCUCGGAGGAUUGCGUCAUUGUGCGGGUGCUGAAGAAGCAGGGAGCCGUCCCCUUCGUGAAGACCAACGUCCCACAGUCCUUACUGAAGUAA